AUGAGUUCAGAAAGCUCGCCCGUCCACAUCGUCGACCUCCCUACCGCCAAGCUAACGAGCAUCGACAUCGCCAUCAACAAAGCCUUCACGGCCGCGGGCCACCGCGUCCCCACCUCCGCCUACAAAGCCCAAGUCACUCCGGGUGGCGCCGCGUACGGCCUCGCCGCCGCGGGCGCCAACCACGGCCGCUUCACGUACGUGGGCGGAGGCGUGCCGAUCGUUAUUGAUGGUGAGGUUGUGGGUGCGGUGGGAUGCAGUACGGGGACGCCGGCGCAGGAUGAGGAGGUGGCUAAAGCCGGGGUGGAGGCGGUGGUGAGGCUGGCUGAGAAGGGGAAGGGGGCGAAGUUGUGA